CGAGUCGUCGACUCUUUUUCUGAAAGGAUUUUUUUAUUUUGCUUUUCUAUCUCUUAUUAUUACUCUGGGCUCGCAAUUGUUGGUGCUGCUGCUGCUGCGUUCACAUUCAUUCAUUUCGCCUUUACACAGCAACGCUGAAACCACGAACUACUAUACCAACAAUAUCCACAGUACCCAGCCAGCACCAACCACACACUCUCACAAUGGUCCUGCUUCACGAAGGAUACGACAUUGGCAGAGCCUUUGGCAUGACGCCUGUUCUCUGUGUUAUGUGUAACAUUAAAAGCGCUCUCGACUGCCAAUACUGCGGUGGCUCCAUGGUUAGAAUGGUGCCCCCUGGCUGGACGGCGGAUGACGCUGUUGAUUUGCCUCCUCUGAGAUACCAAGACCUUAUUAUUAUUCCUGGAGACGAGACACGGCCUGAUGAGGGAUAUAUGGUUUGCGACGAGCGCUACGCCAAUACUGAACGACAGCUCAACGGAAGCUUCUCAAGAAAGCGAUCCCGUGAGCGAAGAGAGACUGCAUCGAUAGAAUCGGAGUCUUCCGGUAGCGAAGGCAGCGAUAUGGAAACCCAAGAAGAUAAAUCAGAGAAACGAAAGACUUCUUCAAAGAGAAGAAAAAGCGACGGUGAAGGCCCCGGUCUAUACACCUACCCAAGAGAGUAGACUGGCCUGUCUCACAGACGUCGUGUCUACCUUUGAACGGUUUCAACCCAACACAAUAAGGAGGGCAUGACGGCUACACUUUUUGCAUUACUUCUGGCUAAGCAGACAUUGUUUCUGGCGUUAUUAUUUCCUUUUCUUUUUUUUCAUUAUGAGCAUGAUACACAAACCGAAAGGCGCUUCGAGGUUAGACAGCGCAAAGGCCAAGGGGACGGCCGACUAUUUUAGAUAUACCCAUAGCAUUUAUAAUAUUCAUGAAUUAUUCAAA